AUGUCUACUGGUUUUCGUUACCGCCCUGAAAUCCUGGAGAAUAUCCCAGCAGAGCGAACCCGCUGUCUCAAACAAUAUGAAGACUGGUUCACGGUUGAGACACCCAAGCUCAAGGAAAUCACAGAGCACUUCGUCAAGGAACUAGAAAGGGGCCUUACAAAAGAAGGCGGUAAUAUUCCCAUGAAUGUCACUUGGGUAAUGAGGUGGCCCAAUGGCCAUGAAGAAGGGCGGGUUCUGACCAUCGAUAUGGGUGGCACGAACCUGCGUAUUUGUGAUGUAUCUUUGUCUACAGGAAGGAGAGAUUUUGAGCAAAUUCAGAGGAAGUACAAACUCCCGAAAGAGGUCAAGACAGGGACCGGCGAGCAACUUUGGGAUUUCAUUGCCGAUCAGUUACAAUCCUUCCUCCAUGAACAUCACAGCGGAGGCCAGGGCGCCGACGAUCUGCCGUUGGCUUUCACAUUCUCGUUUCCGGUCGAUCAAAAGAACAUCAGAAGUGGUGUUCUUCAGCGCUGGACCAAGAACUUCGACGUCUCAGGGGUGGAGGGCCAUGAUGUCGUACCCCAACUCGAAGCGGCCUUCCGGAGAAAGGUAAGCAUCAUCAGCCACCCAGAGUCAAUGCUUGGUGUCUCACUCGUCCAGCAAAUUGCAGUGAAAAUUGUCGCAUUGAUUAAUGACACCACUGGCACGCUCAUCGCCUCACACUAUCGUGAUCCACAUAUCAAGGUUGGAAGUAUCUUCAGUACCGGCACCAAUGCUGCAUAUAUGGAAGAAUGCCGGCUAGUGCCGAAGCUAGAGGGCCUGGGCCUUCCCGAAGAUGCGAAAGUGAUCAUUAACACCGAGUACGGUGCAUUUGACAACGACCGAAAAGUUUUGCCCUUGACCCCAUUCGACCAUCAAAUUGACCGAGAGUCAGUUCAGCCGGGGACACAGAUAUAUGAGAAGAUGGUUGCCGGGCUCUAUAUUGGAGAAAUGCUGCGAUUAGUACUCGUCAAACUACACGAAGACGGGCAUCUGUUCAAGGGUCAGGAUAUCACGCGUCUUCGACAUGAAAAUACGUUAGAUGCCACAUUCCUCUCUAUCGGCGAAAUGGAUAUUUCCGACACUCUGGAUGAGAUGAAAGAAGAAUUUGAGGAGAAUCUGAGUCUUUCCCCAGAGCUGAAUGAUCUCAAGAUAUGUCGGUAUCUCAUUGGCUUGAUUGCAACUCGUGCAGCGCGACUAUAUGCCUGUGGGAUUGCAGCCAUCUGCAAGAAAAACAAGAUCAAGAAAUGCCAUGUCGGGGUGGAUGGUUCCGUUUUCAAUAAGUAUAGUGGGUUCAAGGCCCGAGCCUCUCAGGCUCUGCGCGAGAUCUUCGGAUGGCCGCCCAGCGAACUAGAUUUGAUCGCGCUCAACGCGUCCGAGGAUGGCUCGGGGGUUGGAGCCGCUCUUUCCGCUGCAUUGGCGCUGGGGUGUCAUGGAAAGAAUUCCAAGGUCGAAGCUCCUCCCAAUGUUUCCUAG